AAUCUAAGGCAUGCAUUAGUAAAAUAAACAUGCAAAGUAUGUCUGUCGAGGGUGACGUUGGAAUCUGUAUUAGCUUUGAGACGCAGUAUAAGACAGAUGCACACGACAAGUGUCUGGCUGUUUGUGGUUCUUUGGCUGCGAUUGGAAACUGGGAUGUCAAAAAAGCAGUCAUUGCAGAUGAAAAGCCAGAAAACUCCGGAAAAUGGAUAGUUUCAGUCCACCUACCUGCUAAUGUAAAAUUCGAAUGGAAGUGGGUAGUCGUAUGGCGGAACACCCGAAUCGCUUUUCGAUGGGAGGAACGACAGAAUAGGGUAACAGAAGUCGGGGAAAGCGGCUUCAUGUGUAUCGCGUAUUGGAAUUGUGAUCCGAUAUAUGAACCCCUACCAGAAUCAUUAAGUGAUACGUGGACAGUCGAAGAUGAUAAACGGUUAGAAAAGCUUGCUGGUGAAGAGGCACUUGAGGAUACACAGAGUCGUAAAAGUGUUAUAGCUAGUUACAUACGUGAUCUAGGAUAUCUGAUAUCAUGGUCUUUGCAAAGUAUUAAAACCAAAGUAAUGUCAUUCUUUCAUGGAGUGGGAGGACUUUUUCGGCGAGGCAGUGCGCAUGAUCACUCCGAUUAAACUUGAUUAAUGCACUCAAUUCAAUUAUAGAUGUGAUCAUAUUUAAACUGUGUUAACACGUGUAGAUGAAUUGUAUAUAUGUUUAUGUUCUUUUAUGAAGCUAAAAUAAGAAAAUUAUGCGAAAGAAAGGGACCGUUACAAUAUUAACAUAACCCAAUAGUAGAGUAUUUAAAAUAAUAUCGUAUUCUUUGUGUAAAGUGAAAUAAAUGAUAAUGACCAUCUUUUUUCCUUCUUGAAA